ACCUGUAUAUUUAGUUUAGCUUAAAAUAAUACACGGACACUAUCUAGCAUGGAGUGACCCAUUUGGUGUCCACUAUCUCCCGAAGACACUAACUUAGGGUCUGAAUUGUACAGGGUGACAAUUUUCCGUCCAAAAAACUAAAAAUGGAGUCACUGAGAUUCAUUAGUAUGCCACGAACGUACUCCGUGAUGCGGAAAUUGUCGAUACAUAGUACGGCAGUAACAGGGAAUCGUCUGCUGUCCCCAAACAACCCACACCUGUCAGCGCUUACCUGGAUUCUAGGGGCCAAGAUGAGUUCCCUGUCACCCCCACCCGAAAGUCUUUUCCAUCCGAUGGAUAUUCCACGGAAGUUGCUGAUGGGGCCCGGCCCCUCAAACUGUCCCCCUAGGAUACUCAACGCCGGCGCCCUACCCGCCCUGGGCCAUCUCCACCCCGAGUUUACCAAGAUAAUGGACGAAGUGAAGAAUGGUAUCAAGUACGCCUUCCAGACCAAAAAUAAUUGGACUGUCUGCGUGUCUGGAACAGGUCAUGCCGCUAUGGAAGCAGCUUGUUGUAAUCUCUUACAACCAGGGGAGACUACUCUAGUGAGCGUAAACGGCCUGUGGGGUGAUCGAUUCGCCGACAUGGCCUCACGAAAUGAUGCUGUCGUCCAGAAAAUAAAGAAGCCCAUGGGACAAGUGUUCAAUCUAGCAGAAAUUGAAGAGGGCUUGAGAAAAUAUAGACCAGCAUUGUUGUUCUUAACACACGGGGAGUCGUCUGGAUCGACGCUACAGCCUCUGGAGGGAGUGGGGAAACUGUGUCACAAGUACAACUGUCUGCUUCUUGUGGACUCCGUGGCGGCCCUAGGUGGUGUCCCCAUGUAUAUGGACGAUUGGGAAAUUGAUGUGAUGUAUACGGGAGCACAGAAGGUGCUGAGUGCUCCUCCAGGGGCUAGUCCGAUCUCAUUCUCGGAUAAGGCAAGAGCUAAGGUAUUAGCUCGCACAGUUCCCGUGAGGUCAUUCUAUUUCGAUAUGAACCACCUUGCCAACUAUUGGGGCUGUGGCGAAGGACCCCGAAGAUAUCACCACACCGGCCCUAUCUCGAGUAUUUACGCCCUGAGGGAGGGUCUAUCCCGACUGGCAGAGGAGGGUCUAGAGGCCAGCUGGAGCAACCACAAGCGAUGUGCGGAGAUGUUGCACGAGGGUGUGGCAAGCCUCGGUCUAGAGCUGCUUGUAAAGGACAAAUCAGCUCGUCUUCCUUGUGUAACAGCAAUCCGGGUUCCGUCUGACGUCAACUGGAAGCACGUGACAGACUACGCUAUGAACACGUACAGAGUUGAGAUAUCAGGUGGACUCGGGGAUUUGGCGGGAAAGGUUUGGCGUGUAGGUAUUAUGGGAUAUAAUGCAACCCCGGACAACGUUAAACUGGUGCUCCGAGCACUGAAGGAGGGAAUCGCACUCGACAGGCAGACACAUGCAAAACUGUGAACACAGAACAGAAAAAUCACCGGAGUUAUCGUCAUAUUUUAACAAUCCAACGAAGUUAUUAAUACAAAUAGUUUAUUUGUUAUACAUAAUUGAUGUAGUUUACCUUCAAAUAUACGCAGAUAUACAUAACGAGUAAACAUAGUUUGACGCCGAUUUCUCGAAGAACACUUUAGUUCAGGAAUACAGAUAAAGGUACUCCAAAUCUGUUUCUUUUCCCUCUUUGUUUUUGAUAGUUCAGAUGUAGAUUCAUUUUUACAUGUAAACUGUAAAUACCAAUAAAUUAAUAUCAAUGAUAUUCAUAUGAAUUCCAAUUAUGUAGGUAGUGUAAAAGUUCAAAUACUCUGGUCUUGCCCCUUGGCAUUGUAGUUAAAUUAAUGUAUUUCACCUUUGCUGAAUUACAAUACAAAUCUCACAAGGUAUUGUUUCUUUUCAAAAAUCUUUUAUCAAUGGUAGCGUCGCGUUGGAAAAAAUAAAGUUUCCAUAACGUAGUUACAAUUUUGGGCACUGGUACGGGGAUCUUUAAUCUGAUAGCACCUUGUAAUCUUUUUGAAUUUUUGAAUAGAUAACAUCUACAGGAAUCAUUAUUAAAGUUUCAUAUCUUUUAUUAUGAGACAUUUUCAGUGCAUUAUAUAAUAUUAUUCAUGAUAAUGUGUUCACUUUAAAGCAAGUGAGAAUUUCUAACAAAAUGUAGAUAUAACUAUAUGUUAAUGAAUGUAUGUACGAUACUGUGUGAGGAUGUGUUAUGUACAUGCAGGUAAAUGAUAACAGCAAUAGACCAAAGACUGUUGUUAAUAUUUUAUUAUAAAAGCAUAAUAGGCUUCCAGAUAAUAUAGUAUAUAACAAUAUCUAAUAUAUUUUAACAAAGUUUUAAGUUUAAAUGUAUGUAUAAUCCAAUGAUAUCCAAUCAAGAGAAACAAAUAUGGAAUAUUCAGCGAGGAAGAAAAAAAUAGUUUUGUUCCAUGUAUAUUUAGAUAUAUAU